AUGCAAGGACCAGCAACCGCAUAUGGCCCUGGAUGGGGCUACGGCUAUCGCCAGCAGCAAGGGAUUGGUGGCUAUGGUACUGCAUCCACGAUGAUGUAUAACGUUGCUCAACCGAACCUGCAAAAUCCCGUUUACGAUGCGCAACAUGUCAGUUCGCGGCAACCUGCAGCUCUGCAGAUGCAGAUGAUGACACCAACUGUUGCCUCAACCAACUCUAGAUCCGAAACAGGAAACACAGCUGGCCCGAGCCUGCAUCAAUCAACGCAGAGCUCAAGCGGAUCCACAAAUGUUUACCAGCGAAGCAAUGCCAUGAUUUACGCCAGCAACAGCAUGUCUAGUGUGGGAGCAAUGCCACAAGCGACAGCAAGCGUCGAUGUUGCCAUGAAAGAUGACCACGAAUACGAAGAAGGCGCCCUUGAGAAAUGGGUUGGCUACCAGCGGCAACUAGAGAGCAUAUUCCAGGAUAUAUUUAAUGGGUCUCUCCAAAGCGCAUCUGACACAUUACUUAGCGUCACAAUUUGGCUUUUAUCUCAAGUCGCUGAUCUAGGUCUCAACCUUGACGACACCAACCUUCAUGCUGAUCGUAUUCAACUAUGGAACGACAUCAACCACGCCUGGCUAGGACUAGGCCAGCAGCAGAUAGAACUUAUGUCCCCUUGUCAACAGCUUUCGAGAUCACAAACCCUUGUAUCAAAAGCUAUGAUCAAGAAGAUGGGCAAUGAGUUGAUCCGGUUAUGUGAUGGUAUCGAACGACACGGUCUGGUAGAUUACCAGUAUGGAGUAUGGGAAGAUCAAAUAACAGCAGUUCUUGAGGACAUUUUAGAUCUGUACAAAACUUCAGAAGAAGCAAGUGGAAACGGCAACCCACGUUACCAAUACCAUGGUAGGAAUUGUCCAGGAUCCGAUUCUGAGGCUCGAGCUUAG